CCACGCGGGUCCGCAGUCCGGGUACCCCGCGCGGCCCAGCGCCAGGAACAAGAACUGGUGCGCCUACAUCGUGAACAAGAACGUGAGCUGCUCUGUGCUGGAGGGAAGCGAGAGUUUUGUUCAGGCUCAGUACAACUGUGCCUGGAACCAGAAGCCCUGCCCGUCCGCGCUGGUGUAUCGGGUCAGCUUCAGACCUAGAUACGUCACGAGGUACAAGACAGUGACACAGCUGGAGUGGAGAUGUUGCCCUGGCUUUCGAGGGGGAGACUGUCAAGAAGGGCCCAAAGACCCCGUGAAAACCCUCCGUCCCACACCUGCUCGGCCUCGUAACAGCAUGAAGAAAGCCACAGAUAAUGAGCCAAGCCAGGUCUCCGAGCCCAAGAAGACGUCACCAACUCAUGCAGCAGAUGCAAGUCAGGCAGUGGAUCCAAAACAGGGGCCUCAAGAACUUCAGGAAAAGAAGAUCCAGGUGCUUGAGGAGAAGGUCCUCCGACUUACCAGGACAGUUCUUGACCUGCAGUCCUCCAUGGCUGGCGUGAAUGAAAACCUCAAACACGCUGUUCAGGAUGAUGCUAGUAAAAUGCUGGCCUCGUGGCUCAGCAACCUGCACCCCCAGCCCGUGCCUGACAGCGCUGUUGCUGGAGACACAGAAACGGUCCAGCUUCCGGGUGUCCUCAGUAGCAAGGAAUCUGGCAUGAAGGACAUCAAGUCUGAGCUGGCCGAAGUCAAAGACACUCUGAAGACCAAGAGCGACAAGCUGGAAGAGCUGGAUGGGAAAGUGAAGGGUUAUGAAGGGAGGCUCAGACAGCUCCAGGAGGCUGCCCAGGGCCCCACGGUGACCAUGACGACCAACGAGCUCUACCAAGCCUAUGUAGACAGUAAGAUUGACGCCCUGAGAGAAGAACUCAUGGAGGGAAUGGACCGGAAACUGGCCGACCUGAAGAACUCGUGUGAGUACAAGCUGGUGGGCCUCCAACAGCAGUGUGACGACUAUGGCAGCAGCUACCUGGGGGUGAUAGAGCUCAUAGGGGAGAAAGAAACAGGCCUGAGGAAGGAAAUAAAUGACCUUCGAGCCCGGCUGCAGGGGCCUUCAGCCCAGCCAAACUGCUGUGAUGCUAAGAAGAAUGGUGACUUUGGCCAACAGAUCAAGACGCUAGACCAGAAAAUUGAGAGAGUUGCUGAAGCCACCAGAAUGCUGAAUGGACGACUGGACAAUGAGUUUGACCGCCUCGCAGUUCCAGAACCAAAUUCAGACUUUGACGAGAGAUGGAAUGAACUAGAUGCAAGGAUCAAUGUGACAGAAAAGAACGCUGAAGAACAUUGCUUUUACAUUGAGGAAACCCUGCGGGGAACCAUCAAUGGAGAGGUAGACGACUUAAAGCAGCUGCUUGAUCAGAAAAUACAGUCUCUGGAAGACCGUCUGGGGAGUGUCCUCCUGCAGAUGGCCAACAGCACCAAUGGAGAAUUCACGUUCCUGGGAUCAGCCCUGCCCGGUGUGUCAGGGUCAGGGAGUGAACAAGUCAUGCUAGAAUUAAACCACCUGAAGGACAAAGUGCAGGUUGUCCAGGAUCUUUGUCUGCAGAACUUCCGGGGAGAGCUUCCUGGGAUAGAAGGCACUUUGCCGAAUGGGGAAGACCACACGGUGGGUGACAGCUUGAGCCUUUUGAAAUACCUAAAUGACACGAUGCAUAGGAAGUUUCAAGAAACUGAACAUAGCAUCCAGAAACUUCAAGAAGAUUUUAGUUUUCUUUCUUCUCAAUUAAACCACACAGAAAAGAACGUGACUCACCUUCAGAAUGUAGUGAGCAAAUGGAGAGCAGGUGUAAAUGCUGACGUGAGUGGGUUUACAAAGGUGGGUGAGCAAGAAAGGACGGUGGAGACCCUCCCGUCUCCCCAGGACCCCAUGGCUCAUUGCUGUGGUCAGCUGGAGGAGAGGUGGCAGGGGCUCCAGAGCCAGGUCCUUUCCGAGCUGGACACUUGUAAGGAAAACACACAUGGGGUCCAGAGAGAGGUCUCUGCGGUCGAGGGCAGGGUAGCUCAGAUGGAGAGAACUUGCAGCAAACUGGACUCCAUCUCGGGAAGUCUUCAGAGGAUCAAGGACGGGCUCAACAGGCACGUCAGCAGCCUGUGGAACUGUGUCCGGCAGAUGAACGGGACGCUCAGGUCACAUUCCCGAGACAUUGCUGGCCUGAAGAAUUCAGUCCAACAGUUCUAUAGCCACGUUUUCCAGAUUUCUACUGACUUGCAGGACCUGAUCAAAUUUCAGCCAUCAGAAGCGGAGGAGCCCUCCGAAGCGCCCCCUGUCCACGGGAAGGCCCCGCCAGAGCCCCGAAGGCCCUCGCAAGCCACCCCCACCGAGCAGCCUCAGCCAGAGCAGACCCAAGACACCAUGCCGAAGCACAGCAGCCCGCCACCAGCGCGCCCUGGCUGGACGGGGCUGCCCUUCCUGCCGGGCUCCACCGGGGUCAUCAUGGAGACCGGAGAGGCCGGGCCUCCGGGGAGGAUGGGCGUGUCGGGGCGCGGCCUGCCCCAGGGGGUGGAUGGCCAGACCCGGCAGGGGCCGGUCCCAAGUGCUGAAGGCUACGCAGGUGCACCAGGAUACCCCAAGCCACCUCCUGUGUCCCCAGGGGUUCCGGUGCCUUCUGUGGUGUCUUUUUCUGCUGGGCUCACCCAGAAGCCCUUCCCCAGUGAUGGGGGUGUUGUCCUCUUUAACAAAGUGCUGGUAAACGACGGGGAUGUCUACAACCCCAACACCGGGAUCUUCACGGCUCCCUACGAUGGGCGUUACCUGAUCACAGCCACCCUCACCCCGGAGAGAGAUGCCUACGUGGAAGCUGUCCUGUCGGUCUCCAAUGCCAGUGUAGCCCAGCUACACACGGCUGGCUACAAGAGAGAAUUCCUGGAGUACCACCGACCCCCAGGGGCUUUGCAUACCUGUGGGGGCCCCGGGGCAUUCCAUCUGAUUGUGCACUUGAAGGUGGGAGAUGGAGUCAACAUCGUGGUGACUGGGGGCAAGUUGGCACACACAGACUUUGAUGAAAUGUACUCCACAUUUAGUGGGGUUUUCUUAUAUCCUGUCCCUUCCCACCUAUAGGGCGGCUGGGGAGAGGUAAGGGGAAAGUAAGUUGUGAAAACUCUGAAGCUUUAAUAUAUUCCAUUUCUGUAUAUGACUGGAGCACUGGUCUAGUUUCCUGUAUACAUCUGACCCCUGCCCCCAAGAUAAGGGCCUUACCUCACACGUUAUAGCUUCCAGGCAGGCAGCCAGGAGUUAAACUCAUGGUUAAGAUGGCCAUUGACUUGUCAUUCCAACUGCAUACCUGGAAGAUUCAGACAGCCCCCCUUGCCUGUAAGCUGGAUCGUCCCUUGCAUCUUCCCAGUCCACGUCCAGCUCCACUCCGAGGGUUCCUCAGCUGGACAUCUGUGGUGCUUCCUUGUGGGGCCUGGCUGUCGGAUCGCAUCCUGCUGAUAGAGGAACUGCUGCUGGACUAAAGGUUUGAGAGGAGGCAGCUGGCUUCUAAGACCUGGUCACCUGCAGCUGGUCUUUGCUGGAGAGCAACGCUGUUACCAACUGUCUCUGUCUCGACUGACCCUGCAGCAGGAGAAGUUUAAACACUGAAGUGCUGGAGUGGCCAUGCCUCCACAUGGCAUUUCUGUCUGGGCCUCAUUUCUGUUCACUCAGGCCUUGUCCCAAAUGCACUAGAGCCUGUUUGUAUGAAGCUUGUUGGGCUCCUUAAAUGACAUGUACGAUUUAAGUACAAAGACAGGGAGUGUCAAUAAAGAUGUAAAACCA